CCCGUGCUUGCCUUUCCCCUCAGAGCUGGCGAGGAGGAUGGUGCACGCCGAGGCGUUCUCGCGGCCCCUGAGCAGGAAUGAGGUGGUGGGGCUCAUCUUCCGCCUCACCAUCUUCGGGGCCGUCACCUACUUCACCAUCAAGUGGAUGGUGGAUGCCAUUGACCCCACCAGGAAGCAGAAAGUGGAAGCCCAGAAGCAGGCUGAAAAGCUGAUGAAGCAAAUAGGAGUGAAGAAUGUCAAGCUGACUGAGUAUGAGAUGAGCAUUGCUGCCCACCUGGUGGACCCACUCAGCAUGCAUGUCACCUGGAGUGAUAUUGCAGGCUUAGAUGAUGUCAUCACAGAUUUGAAAGACACUGUCAUUUUGCCCAUCAAGAAGAAAUACUUGUUUGAGAAUUCCAGGCUCUUACAGCCCCCAAAAGGAGUCCUCCUGUAUGGCCCCCCUGGAUGUGGGAAAACCCUGAUUGCCAAAGCUACGGCCAAGGAAGCCGGGUGCAGGUUCAUCAACCUCCAGCCCUCCACGCUGACGGAUAAAUGGUAUGGAGAAUCCCAAAAACUGGCUGCUGCUGUCUUCUCCCUGGCCAUAAAGCUCCAGCCAUCCAUCAUUUUUAUUGAUGAAAUAGAUUCCUUCCUGCGGAACCGAUCGAGCACGGACCACGAGGCCACAGCCAUGAUGAAAGCCCAGUUCAUGAGCCUGUGGGAUGGGCUGGACACCGACUACAACUGCCAGGUGAUUGUGAUGGGAGCCACCAACCGGCCCCAGGACCUGGACUCUGCCAUCAUGAGGAGGAUGCCCACCCGCUUCCACAUCAACCAGCCUGCUCUGAAGCAAAGAGAGGCGAUCUUGAAGCUGAUUUUGAAGAAUGAAAAUGUGGACAGCCAGGUGGAUCUGCUGCAGGUGGCCAAGGAGACCGACGGCUUCUCGGGCAGCGACCUGAAGGAGAUGUGCCGGGACGCGGCGCUGCUCUGCGUGCGGGAGUACGUCAACAGCGCCUGCGAGGAGGACGUGCACGAUGAAGAUGAGAUCCGGCCCGUGCAGCAGCAGGAUCUCCACAGGGCCAUCGAGAAGAUGAGGAAAUCCAAGGAUGUCUCCAUGCAGAACCUGGCCAUGGAGAUCGUGUUUGAUUAAGACAAAAGAGUGUGUUUGCAGUUCC